UCGAGAUCUGAAAAAGGGAAUUGAGAAGGCAAUAAAUGCAAUAAACCAGGAAUUUCCAUUUAAAGGGCGCCAGAAAUUGUUCGGUGGUCGUCAAGGUGACGCGUGCCAAGUGUUUAGACACGGAUUGGCCGCUCGUGUACCCCUCUUUUGGUAGGCGGGUUCUGGGUUGGCGCUACCGUAUCCGUGUAACCAUCGAAAGCGUAGUGAAUGUUCAGGCAGCUGUUAUUCUUUACGGUUCAUGAUCAGUCGCUGCUACGCAUAGAUUAAACUAGUAUUGCAGUUCCCGAACAUCCUAUCUCAUCUCAUAUUUUCAUAAGACCUACAUAAUCAAGUGAGUUAUUGGAAUACUACAGAUGAAAUCAUUUUAGAAUAAAACAUUCAGCACGAGUCACGUCAACAAUAAUUAAAAAAAGGCGUGCUUAAAUAUAAUAUCAUAUUGGUACAUUUCCAGUACAUCGUUACCUAAAGAACAUUAUGCCACAUACUGGUCAAGCUGGCGUUAACCAAUUAGGUGGGGUAUUUGUCAACGGACGCCCAUUGCCCGACUACGUUAGAAGGCGUAUAGUACAGCUAGCUCUGUUGGGUGUCCGCCCAUGUGAUAUAUCUCGACAACUUCUGGUUUCACAUGGAUGCGUGUCAAAAAUCCUAACUAGGUUUUAUGAAACUGGCUCAAUACGGCCAGGCUCCAUAGGUGGUGCUGGAUUGCAAAAAAAUAAGACGACACAAGGACAUUUUUCAAAGAAAAGUACCAGAUGCAAACCAGAUGUAUCAAACAGAAUGGCCGGAUCUCUAACUACACCUUCUCCGAUACGUAACAUCCCUUGGAUGCAUCCUUUAGACUUGUACUACGAACGAAUCCAUCAGCACAUUCAUGAAAAUGGAUCCGCUAGCGUCGCAGUCGAACCGUCCAACGGCCAACCAGCACCACCAGGUCCGAAGAAGCCACAUACGCCAUACACCAUCGAAGAGAUAUUAAAACCCACGGCCCCACGGCCGCGGCCACCAUCGCCGUGUGGCCUGCUCGUGGAUGGCGUGUGCACGUGCGGCCUCGCUGCAAGCAACGCCGUUGUGUCAGCGGCGUAUUACGUCGACGUGCAACAGCAGCAGCAAUUUCUAUGCAGUCAGCAACAUCGUUAUUGAAACAGUGUGUACCUACCUACCUAUUUUGUUUAUUUUUUUUUUUUUACUAUUUAUUAAUGUAAUUCUUAUAUUAUUAUAUAAUGUGUCCAUUGGCCAUGACGAAAUCGAAAAAAAAAAGAAAAAAUCUUUUUAAAUAAUUUUUAAGUUAUAAUAUACAUAAUUGUUAUUGAACCAGUGUUGUACCUAUUUAUAGAUACUAUAUUAUAUACUUGUGUGUAGCGUGUUUGUAAAUAAUAUAUUAAUUCAUUU